UCCCUCCCGGCGCCCUCCUCAGCUGCCGCCCGCCGGCUCGUCCGUGCAGCGGCGAUGCCCUGGAGCCCGACCCUGACCCCCGGCCCGCCGCGUAAUUAGCUAUCGCGCGCUCCGAGAGCGCCGCCGCCAACGACGCGCCCCGACGCAGCGAUGGGCAACACAGUGCACAGAACCCUGCCAGACUCGAGCCCGCAGGCGCGCCUCCUGGCCACCCGGCCGUGCUGUGGCCCUGGCCCCGAGCGGCGCCCGGUCCUGGGCGAAGCGCCGCGCUUCCACGCGCAGGCCAAGGGCAAGAACGUGCGACUGGACGGCCACUCGCGCCGGGCCACGCGGCGCAACAGCUUCUGCAACGGGGUCACGUUCACGCAGCGGCCCAUCCGGCUGUACGAGCAGGUGCGGCUGCGCCUGGUGGCCGUGCGCCCGGGCUGGAGCGGCGCGCUGCGCUUCGGCUUCACCGCGCACGACCCGUCGCUCAUGAGCGCCCACGACAUCCCCAAGUACGCCUGUCCCGACCUCGUCACGCGGCCCGGCUACUGGGCCAAGGCGCUGCCCGAGAACCUGGCGCUGCGUGACACUGUGCUGGCCUACUGGGUGGACCGCCACGGCCGUGUCUUCUACAGCGUCAACGAUGGCGAGCCCGUGCUCUUCCACUGCGGCGUGGCCGUGGGCGGCCCGCUCUGGGCGCUCAUCGACGUCUACGGCAUCACCGACGAGGUGCAGCUCCUCGAGAGCAUGUUCGCCGACACGCUGACGCCGGCGCGCCUCAGCCAGGCCCGCUUCAGCUCCUGCCCGCCGCCCAGCAACCACGACGCGGCCAAUUUCGACAACAACGAGCUCGAGAACAGCCAGGUGGUGGCCAAGCUGGGCCACCUAGCGCUGGGCCGCGCCCCAGGGCCGCCACCCGCCGAUGCCGCCGCCGCCAUCCCGUGCGGGCCCCGCGACCGCCCGCGGCCCGCGUCCUCGCCCGCGCUGCUGGAGGCCGACCUGCGCUUCCACGCGACGCGCGGGCCCGACGUGAGCCUGUCGGCCGACCGCAAAACAGCCUGCGCGCCGCGGCCCGAGGGCGGCCGCACGCUCGUCUUCUCCGAGCGCCCGCUGCGGCCCGGCGAGAGCCUCUUCGUGGAGGUGGGCCGCCAGGGGCUGGCGGCGCCCAGCGCGCUGGCCUUCGGCAUCACGUCGUGUGACCCGGGCGGGCUCCGGCCCGCUGAGCUGCCCGCCGACCCCGACGCGCUGCUCGACCGCAAGGAGUACUGGGUGGUGGCGCGCGCCGGGCCCGUGCCGAGCGGCGGCGACGCGCUUAGCUUCACCCUGCGGCCCGGUGGCGACGUGCUCCUGGGCGUCAACGGGCGCCCGCGCGGCCGCCUGCUGUGCGUCGACACCACGCAGGCGCUCUGGGCCUUCUUUGCCGUGCGCGGCGGCGCCGCGGGUCAGCUGCGCCUCCUCGGCAUCUUGCAGUCCAGCCCUGCAACCACAUCUCCAUCAGGGUCCCUCAGCGGCUCCCAGGAUGAUAGCGAUUCAGAUAUGGCCUUCAGUGUCAACCAGUCCUCCUCGGCAUCUGAGUCAUCUCUGGUGACAGCCCCCAGCUCCCCGCUGAGCCCCCCAGUGUCACCGGUGUUCUCCCCACCAGAGCUGGCAAGCAGAAAGAAUGGCGAGUGCACGGUGUGCUUCGACGGCGAGGUGGACACUGUCAUCUACACGUGUGGACACAUGUGCCUGUGCCACAGCUGCGGCCUGCGGCUCCGGAGGCAGGCCCGGGCCUGCUGCCCCAUCUGCCGGAGGCCCAUCAAGGACGUCAUUAAGAUCUACAGGCCAUAGCCAGGCCUGCCACAGGCCUUGGCUGGAGCCAGGUCACCUUUCUGAAACCCCCCUGGGCCCGGCAACCACCAUGGCCACCAGGAAGCCUAAGGGCAGUGGCCAGCUAAUCUGCCUCUCCGCAGCGGUGGGCAAGGCCUGACAGUCGAGGAGGCGAGGCCCCCAGGGGUCUGAGCACAGGCGAGGGUUGCUUCUGCCUCAAUAGUGCUUUGCUCCCAAGAGGCCGUCCCAAGCAAGCUCAGGAACUGCCUGGCAGAUCACCCAGUCCCUUGGUGACUUUUCAGCUGGGAAACAGCAUCCUCUGUGCAAUGCUUUUUCUGGGGUUGGGCUGAGUGUGCGUGUGAGAUGGGGAGGGAAGGGAGGAAGAGAGAGAAAAAAAAUGAAAAAUAGAGGUCGUGUGAGAGAAUGAGUGAGCAAGCAAGUGAGAACACAUGGGUAUUUUAUACCUGAAUCCUGGCUCUAGGAGGUUAACACUAAGGAAUGUGCAAUCCGGGUUAGUAUGGUUAGAAAUUGUUCACUUUCUGGGAUUGUGAUGUAAGCUGGUUUUGAAUGUAUGAAGCCUGAACCUAAAUAGAGCUCCCUUGGAUGGUAUAGAGAAGGGACACCCAGAUUUUCUAAGGAGAAGAAAAAAUAACUCAUUGUUUACAGCUCCAAAUCAGCAAGUCCUUGGGGGGGAACGUGGGUGGAGAACAUAAAAGAAUAAUUUGCUUCUUUAGUUUCUUAGUCUUUGAGAGGAUUUUUGAUGGGUGCUGUGGGACCUAGAGCUCUGGCUGUGUCAUCGCAAGAAGCUUUUUCACCCUUUCACCCCCAGACAGCCUAAUCAUAAACAGUUGCACCUUGACUCACUCUUCAGAUGCUUCUAGGCUCCCAAGCCUUUAUAACACCCUUCUCCUCUCCAAGGAGAAGACCACAGCAGGCUCUCUUUUCCUGGGGCAGGGAAAGGAUCCUAGAGGCAGGUGGCUCACCUGGAGUUGGAAAGGUCACUCUAUAGCACAGAGAACUCUCUACAUCUCCUUUUGUACUUACUGGGCCUGGCAUUAACCGGGGAUGAGGGCCUUCCCAGGGUGCCCUGCCUGUCAAAGAGAGGGAAACAACAACCAGGCUCUCACCAGGGCCGUGUAACUGGGCUCUGUUCUGACUCUCAGCUUAUCUCCUGCUGACUAGUAAGGUGUUCAUUGAUAAUUCAGAUGUUAACUAAUUAACUGAAAAUGCACCUCCCCGCAAUAUCCCCCAUCCCCAUUCCCUCACCCCUGCCCCAGGCCCAUCUCUGCAGCACCCCCAGACCACACCUGGGCUGAUGGGGUGGCCCCUCAUUUCCCUCCAGCUCUGAUACCUCUUCUGCCCUAACCUGUGUUAUAUCUUUAAGGCAGUCCCUUUAUUUCUCUUCUGUCAAAGAGGAAGCUAGUACCUGCCCAUUUCAAGAACUUUAGGGAGCAUCUGCACAGCAUUCUAAAAAGCCUGAGACAGGUAUCAUUUUUAUCCCAAUUCCCCGUCUGUUCAUCUCCUACUAGGGAGGCAGGGAGAGGAGAGCAUUCCCUGAGCUUGCACAUUCACCUAACGUGUUUGCUGGGUGCCCAGAGCCAGGUCAGGCCCUCAUCAGACCAAGUCAAAUAAGACCCGUCGGUGCCAUCACGAUGCCCGAGGUCUGGGGCCCACCACCUCUCUCCUGGGAGUGGUCAUGGUUUUCUAACCUGAUUUCCACUCCAGAAACCCCACUGUCUUGCCCCGGCAAGACACGAGUUUGAGAAUCUCUGCAGUCCUCAGAGCCCAGCUAACUUUGAUUAGCUGGAUCCCUCCAGUUCCCCGCUGUGCAGGGGAUGAGUAAAGGCACGUGCAGGCCAGUGUGAGGAGUCUCCAUUCACCACCCCGCCACCCUGGCUCUCCAGGCAGCAACCCUCUGACUGGAUUGAGCCAGGGUCACAAGCUCCGGUGGUCUCGGCCUGGGGGAGCAGCCCAUCCCUCCUGCCACUUGCCCUGCCCGGCCACCCCUUUGGUUCCAGCCUGGAUCAUGUACAACAGGCGCCAAGAAACCAGUGACUGAGGGCCUGGCGACCUGUUACCUGGGGAGAAAGGAGCCAGGGGCCCAUUUAACCUACUCUGCUGCCGCUAUAAAUAGCACCCCUGAUUCCAAGAGGAGUUAAGGGGUAUUUAUCUUCUAAAACCCAGACAUUUCCUGAUGCACCAAGCUGAUUUAUUCAGUGCUACAGAGGAGAUACCUCCCCCCACCAUGGUCUGUUUUGAAAAGGGGGCAGGGAAAAGAGGAAAGGGAACCACUGUUCUUAAUUUUGCAUCUUCUGUAGGCCUUGGCACUAGGCUAGAGAGGUGCUUGCAUGCACUAAUCCUUUGAGGCAGGGCUUAGGACCAUACUGAGUUGCAUCUAAGAUACAACUGAUUAUAAAUUGCACCAUUCUGUGUACCACUAAGAAAAAAACACUGCCAAUUUUAACUGUAAGAUGCCACAACUAUGUAAUUCAUACAGAAAUAUGAAAAAAAAAAAAAACUUCUACCUAGAAUCGAUGAAAUACGGUAGUAGCCC